AUGACUAAAUUCCCAGUGUCAAUUAAACACGCAGGAAAGAAAUUCGAUUUGGAAUUCAACACUCAGUACACCGGUUUAGACUUCAAGAAUCAAAUUCAUUCUCUAACUGGCGUGGCUCCAGAUAGGUGGGUCACACUACGUAUCACUGUGGCAUUCCCCCUUAACAUCCUCGACAGGCAGAAAGUUAUGAUUAAAGGUGGAAUGCUCAAGGAUAAUACGGAUAUGGAAAAGUUAGGAUCAUCGAUCAAGCCUGGUCACUUGUUCAUCGUCAUUGGCGCUGCAGGGCCUCUACCAGAAGCUCCAAAUCAAAAAGUAGUUUUCAUGGAAGACCUCAGUGAGAAGGAUUUAUCGCAAGCCUUGAAAAACCCAGUCGGUUUGACUAAUCUCGGUAACACUUGUUAUUUAAACUCAUCAGUUCAAGUUCUCAGAGCCAUACCUGAGCUACAGAGCACUCUGAGUAACACACAAAACUCUGGCUUAUUACGCUCCCUUCAAUCCCUCUUUUCCUCGCUCAACAACUCAACUGACGCAAUCACUCCAACUGCAUUCCUCACAAUGCUAAGAUCCUCUUACCAACAAUUCACUGAAACUGAUAGAUACGGUCAGUUCGCUCAACAAGACGCUGAAGAAGCUUGGGGCGCAAUCCUCAACUCUUUGGGAUCAGAGUUGAUGACGUCACAGGGUAAAUCAUUCGUUGAUCAAUACAUGAAGGGUACUUUCGUGAAAGAGAUGUCUACGCCUGAAUCAACACUUGAAGAGCCUUCUUACUCAAUUGAAGAGUUUACUAAAUUGGGUUGCAACAUCUCUUCAUCCACCAACUACCUCCAGCAAGGUUUAACAGAUGGUUUGGAUGAGCAGGUUACAAAACACUCCUCAACACUCAAUAGAAACGCUCAAUAUACACAGAAAUCGAGAAUUAAUAGAUUGCCAGCAUACCUCUCCGUCCAUCUCGUCAGAUUCUAUUGGAGAGCUGAUUUAGGCAAAAAGGCAAAAAUCCUCCGCAAAGUAAAGUUCCCAAUGGAGUAUGAUGCCAGUGAUCUCGUCAGUGACGAUCUCAAGGCUAAGAUCAACCCGGUCAACAAGAAGCUUCUGUCAAUCAACAAAGAUAAAGAGGAGAGAAGAAGAUUGAGGAAGCGUAUCAAGACACGCACCGAUCUCGAACAAAAAGCCAACGAGGCUAAAAACACCGACGAUAUGUUGAUCGAUGAAAUCAAAGAUGAGCAGGGCAAGAUUGGUGACGUGGAGCUCCUCGAUGAGAACGUUUAUGAGGAGAGAGAGAAGAAAGAGCUUGAUGAGCUUGUCAAUAAUGACUUAAAAAAUGACACUGGUUGCUCACAGAGUGGCUUGUACGAUUUGGUGGGUAUAGUGACGCACAAAGGUGUAAACGCAGAUGGCGGUCACUACAUAGCCUGGGUCAGAGGGGAUGUGCACAAGUCGGAAGAGGACAAGGACGAUUGGUACAAAUUCGACGACAACAAGGUCACCAAAGUAUCCAAAGACAAAAUUGCCCAAUUGGAAGGAGGCGGUGAAGAUAGUGUAGCCUACCUAUUAUUAUAUAAAGCAAAGUUGUAG